ACGGUAAAUAAAGGUUAGUGAGUGAGAUGGGCAACUGCCAGAUGUUGAAUGGCUGCCUCUGAAGUGAGAAUUUUUGUUUCCAGCUUUUGUAUGUUAAUUGUUAUGCGUUCACAUAAUUUCUCAUUGCAUAAAUUUUGAUCCCUAGCUUUAAUUACGUAAUGUAUUUAUUUAAUCGGCGAUUGUUUACAAAGUGAUAAUCGAGUGUUCGGUGGAAGUGUUUUAAAAUGGCGAAAGUUUUUUAAACUAACAAUGGUGGCCAUAUGAAGACUACGGGCGACGACACUUUGCUAAGAUUAGUAAUGGAAGACACUUCGGUCGUACAAAAUGGGGCGCAGUUAGGCCUUCAGGGCGGUCCCGCGCCUAAUGUUAAACCCAAUGAAGAAAAUAACACUAAAGCACAAUACUCAAUACCUGGCAUUUUGCAUUUUAUUCAACAUGAAUGGGCAAGAUUUGAACUGGAACGUUCACAAUGGGAAGUGGAUAGAGCAGAAUUACAAGCGCGUAUCGCGUUUUUGCAAGGGGAAAGGAAAGGGCAAGAAAACCUCAAAAGUGAUCUAGUUCGUAGAAUUAAAAUGUUAGAAUACGCUUUAAAACAAGAAAGAGCCAAAUUUCACAAGUUAAAGUACGGUGUCGAGCUACAGCAGGGCGACAUGAAACCACCGCAAUUAGACGAUUCCAACAUCGACACGCAACUUGAUAGCGACCAGUCGUAUACGUCCGUCACCAAAGCUACGUGGAAACAGGGCCGGCAAUUGCUGCGACAGUAUUUGCAGGAGAUCGGUUAUACCGAUCGAAUUAUUGAUGUAAGAUCGAAUCGUGUCCGAACACUGUUGGGCCUCAAUAACAAUGCGGAACAGGACGAGAACGUAACUAGUGGGCAGGUUAACGGAAACGAAUCGAAUAAACGCGCCAGCGAAACUCAAGGUCGAAGGACACCCGCUAAAAAAACUCAGCCGAGUUGUCUUACCGAGGCGAUGAUGUUCGACACCGAGGCCGCCGUCAUGGCAAAUUUGGAUUUUUUAUCGUCGGCCGACGUGGACAUGGAGGACGACGACGAUAUGAGCGAUGAUGUCGAAUUGGAAGCGACCGACGAGCUGGAAGACGACGUGAAAGCUAUCAAGAGGCGAGGUAAAAUCGAUAAUAUGGGCGAUGAUGUGGAUGCCGAGGCGAUGGAGGUUCUUAAUGAGCUUAAUUUAUUGUCCGAAACCGAGAAUCAGCAUCAAGAUAUGAAGGAUGCUGGCGAUUGGAAAGGCUUGAACUUUCAAUCCGGCGGGCCGGGACGCAGGCCCCUAGCGUUAAACGACGACGAAAAUAUCGACACCGGUCUAGGUCUAGGCGAAUUAGCUCAAUUAACCGUAAACAAUGACGCAGAGACCAGUUACGAUAUUUCGAGCAGUAAGGAGGCGUUUCGGAAAACGUGGGGCGCCAAGUACACGUUACGGAGCCACUUCGACGGUGUCAGAGCGUUAUGCUUUCAUCCGACCGAACCGGUGUUAAUUACGGCCAGUGAAGAUCACACACUCAAACUUUGGAAUUUGCAGAAGACGGUUCCGGCUAAGAAGUCGGCGUCGCUGGAUGUGGAACCUUUGUAUACGUUUAGGAGUCACAACGGCCCGGUGCUCUGUUUGGCUAUAUCUGGCAGCGGAGAGCAUUGCUAUUCGGGCGGUUUGGAUGGUAAAAUUCAUUGUUGGACUGUGCCCAAUUCGAAUAUCGACCCGUACGAUUUGUUCGAGCCUGAUGUUCUCAACGCGACUCUUCAAGGACACACGGAUUCCGUUUGGGGGCUGGCCGAACUUCACAGUCAGCAAAAGUUACUGUCAUGUGCGGCUGACGGCACGGUAAAGCUGUGGGCGCCACAUUCCAAGAUGCCGUUAUUGAAUACGUUUACAUCAGAUCAGGACGGUAUACCUUCCAGUGUCGAUUUUGUGAGAGACGAGGGUAAUCGAAUUGUCGCCGCGUACAACAGUUCGAAUUGCAUUAUCUUCGACACGGAGACUGCAAAACCCCUAGUACGAUUAGAUUCCGGUGUUAAUAAUAAGCAAAUUAAUAGGGUGGUUUGUCAUCCGACUCUAUCGCUCACGAUCACGGCUCACGAAGAUCGGCAUAUACGUUAUUGGGAUAAUAAUACGGGAAAAAUGGUGCACUCGAUGGUUGCGCACUUAGAUGCCGUUACAAGUUUGGCGGUCGAUCCUAACGGGCUCUAUUUACUCUCAGGUUCACACGACUGCUCGAUUCGACUAUGGAAUCUGGAUAACAAGACGUGCGUACAAGAAAUAACCGCGCACCGGAAGAAAUUCGACGAAAGCAUCUUAGAUGUCGCCUUCCAUCCAUCACGGCCGUAUAUUGCGAGUGCAGGCGCGGAUGGUUUGGCUAAGGUUUUCGUGUGAACAGUAGGAGAGGGUGUCGGAAGUCGAAUCGGGUAGGUGCGUGUCUAAAUCUUAGGACUCUCUACACUCUGUUGAGUCUCGGUAAUAUUUGUAGGUUAAGUGUACAUAUUUAUUGAUGUUCUCUAGAUGCGUCUUUGUAAAUAAAUAAUUCGAGUUGUCACUUUUUUUUCUUUUCGUUGUUGAUAUUGGUAAAUAUCGGUUCUUACUAUCGCUAGAUCGAUCGUAUCGUCACUGCCUUGUUUGUGUAGGGCGGUCCGAGGUUUUUAAAUGUGCACCUUGAACCGCCCUGUUUCUGUACAUAGAACGAGGAAAUUACAUACGGCAAUAAAUUGAUGUGCUCGCUUUUAAAGAUUACUUCAUGACAUUAAGCAUACAAAACGUAUGUACAUUUCCCUGCAUUUAUUAUUUGAGCUGAUAGUAAAAGUAGAAGAGUAGUUAUUAAAUUGGUGUACAUAUAUUAAA